UACAAAGAUUUCAUUUAGAGGCUCUGGUUUAUUUCUGUUUAACAAAACACUACCUACUGAAAAAUACUUGAAUUUUAAGUUUCCUCAUAAAUCAACUUUUUUAAUUGAAUGAUUUAACUCAAGGAUUAUACUAGUUUGAUUCAUCAGCCAAUAUUAUAGGAAACAAAUAACUGCAGAAGAUGGAAAUAAAGCUAGGAGAUGAAAACAUAAAAAAGGAAAUUUGGUUACCAGUGACUCAGGAACUGAGCUUCCGAAAAUUUAUUGAACAAUCUGAUUUACUAGAAGAACUUAAAUAUGACUUCAAUGAAAAAGCUGAAUUGAGACACACUGAGACACACAGACCUUUUGUCUUUAACUAUUACAAAGAUGUUCUAGAGAGGAAUAGUAAGCGCUACCAGGCCCUUGGCCAUUUGCUUGAACAAUACAUUUAUGAACUUUUGGAAAAAGUGUGCAAAUUACAAAAAGUCUAUAUCCCACCAGAGGCUGAUAAGGAACCAAGAAGCUUCUUUUUCAUGAGUGAGAGAGCAUUAACAAAUCAUCAUUCUGCCCUUCUUGUCCUUCUUCAAGACCAUGGGGUCUUAAGAGCUGGUCAGUGGAGUCAGCAGGCAAUACUACAUCAUGGUCUCCAACAUGGAAGUCAGAUACCAUGUAUUCAAAUGGCAUUGCAGGCACAUUAUGAUGUAAUUGUGCUAAACCCCAAUGACAAUUUUGUGGACCUACAGACAGAAAAAGAAUGGAAAGGUCUUUUAACACAAAAUGUUGAGUCCUCUUCAAGAAAAAUGGUUAAGACUGAGAGCUUUUUCUCUCUUCAGCAGUCUCUCCAGUGUAUUCCAAAAAGAUGCAGCAACACCCCUGAAGAACACAUGGCUUAUAUUUGGGAUUACUUCAUUUCAAAGGCUGAAGGCAAGGACGUUGCUUUCAUUGUACAUGGUUAUGGAGGCUUGGUUUUUAUGGACUUGCUUGUUCGUAGAAAGUGGGAAGUGAUGAGCAAAGUAUAUGCUGUUGCACUUAUUGACUCUGAACAUCACGUAGGACACCAGCUGGGGAGUGACAUCCAGUUAUUAGCAUGGAUAAAGCACCACUGCCGUGAAUGGGUGACAAGUCCAAAACCUUUGGAUAAACCUGCAGCUACUGUUUUGAAAAAGGAGUUUCCUAUGGUUUCUGCGGGUACAGAAAAACACAACUUAGCCCCUUCCUCUAGCCUUCAGUCAAUUUUUAAAUACUUUCGGAAAGCUUUGAAAGCCAAAGCAGCUAUUAAUUUCUCUCGAGUACCCGUAGUAACUAGAAGCUCCACAAAAAGAAAGCAAAGUGCUUAGGUAACUUUUUGUCAUCUAAAGUUGUUCUGUCCCAGUGAAACUUUGCUAAUGUAGAUGCGAGAAGAAAAAGAACACUUCCAACCCAUAGGCAGUGUUAUGUUCUGGCUUGAAAUUUGAUUUGUUAGCUUUUUAAAAAAGUGAAUAUGUUCUCUUCAGUAACCUAUUGAGGUACCAGGAAGUCAGUCAGUACCAUCAUUAAUAUUUUACAGUAUUAGUCAAAUUAGAGUAGUCUAAGUAGAGGAUCUUCAUUUGAAAAGAUUUCUUAUGGUUUUGUAGAAUGACACCAAAACUGUAGUUGGUAGAAAUUAAAUACUAAGUCAAUCUUCGACUUCUGCAUUAUUAAUACUAUAUUAAAAUUAUAGGUGAACAUAAAAAUUAAACAUCAUAAGCAAACUCCAUUCUUUGUAUGUCUGUGAGUUUAAGUUUGUUGAUCUCAUGUGUGUGUUUACUUAUAUACCUUCAGCUAAUAUUUGAGUGUCUACUAUGUACUAGUCAAUACUAGUGUUGGGCACACUGGCAGACAAGGCCAACAUUGCCUUUAUCCUUUUUUGGAGUUCACAAUGAACAACAAAUUGCAAGUGUGAAGAGUGUUAAGAAAUAAAAGGGGUCAUGGAACAUCUAGCCUGAGAGCUAAUAGGCUUGGGGUUCAGAGAAUACUCCCCUGAGAAAAUGAUACUUAGUUUGAAGAACAAUAGUAAUUACCUAGAAAAACAAAGUCAUAGGCAAAAGAAUUGCAUGUGCAAAAGUCCUGAGGCAGGAGAAAGAAGUCCAGUUCAGCAGGAGCUAAAAGAUUAUGGGGGGAGUAGGGUUAAAGAAAAAAUUAUUCAUGACAUUCAUUAAAGACAGUAGGGAAGAUUUAUUCAAAAAGGAUUGUUGCAGGACUUCCCUGGUGGUACAGUGGUUAAGAAUCCACCUGCCAAUGCAGGGGACACAGGUUCGAGCCCUGGUCCAGGAAGAUCCCACAUGUCCCGGAGCAACUAAGCCCAUGCGCCGCAACUACUGAGCCCAUGCCACAGCUACUGAAGCCUGCGUCCUAGAGCCCAUGCUCGGCAACAAGAGAAGCCACCGCAACAAGAAGCCCACGCACCGCAGUGAAGAAUAGCCCCCAAUUGCCGCAACUAGAGAAAGCCCUUGCACAGCAAUGAAGACCCAACGCAGCCAAUAAAUAUAUAAACAAAUAAUAAAUAAAUAAUUUUUUAAAA